UGGUGCAAAUGAAUUGAUCAACUGAAGUCCCAGGCAAAACAACUUUGGUUGUUAAGCAACCCCUCCAACCCCAACUGUUUUUGCAUCACCCCCUCCUAACCUUGGCUAGCUGAUAACCUGAAGCAAGCAGGCUCCCCUUUCCUUUCUUAUAUAAACACUUUGCCACAGCCCCAUCUCUUCAACCCCCACUCUACCCUUUCUGUUUCUCUCCCCGAUCAAUCUCUCCCUCUAUCUGUCAUCGAUACACCAAGAGAAGACAUCACCAAAAUGGUUGCAGAGGCGAAGCAGAACGGCGUGGCCAGCAAGGCGCAGCUGAUGUCGGUGAAGCGCGGGGAGCCAACACUGGUGGCGCCGGCGGAGGCGACGCCAACGGGGAAGCAGUACUACCUGUCUAACCUGGACCAGAACAUUGCGGUGAUCGUGCAGACUGUCUACUGCUUCAAGCGCCCGUCAUCGGGCCACGGCCACGAGGGCGCCGUGGCGGACAUGCUCCGCGCCGCGCUGUCCCGCGUGCUCGUGCACUACCACCCGCUGGCAGGCCGCCUUGGCAUCAGCCCGGAGAUGAAGCUCACCGUGGAGUGCACCGGCGAGGGUGUGCCGUUUGUGGAAGCCGAUGCCGCCUGCGACCUGGCCGACAUCGGCGACCUGUCCACCCCGGACCCUACCGCGCUGGGCCAGCUCGUCUAUUCCAUCCCUGGCGCCAAGAACAUACUCGAGAUGCCGCCCAUCACGGCACAGGUGACCAGGUUCAAGUGUGGCGGCUUCAGCCUUGGCCUGGCCAUGAACCACUGCAUGUUCGACGGCCUAGGCGCCAUGGAGUUUGUCAACUCCUGGGCCGAGAUGGCACGAGGCGCCACGGAGCUCACCGUGCCCCCGUUCGUCGACCGCUCUGUGCUCCGCGCGCGGGAUCCUCCAUCCAUCUCCUUCCCACACCGCGAGUUUGAGGAGAUCGCCGACAUCUCGGGGAUGGCGGCGCUCUACGGCGAGCAAAAACUGGUGUACCACUCCUUCAGCUUCGACCCGGACAGGCUGGAACGUGUCCGUGCCCUUGCCCUUGCUGGUGGCGACCUUGAGCGCUGCACCACCUUCGAGGCGCUCUCGGGCCUCGUCUGGCGCGCGCGCACAGCCGCCCUAGGCCUUGCGCCGGAGCAGCAAACCAAGCUGCUCUUCGCCGUGGAUGGGCGGCGCCGCUUCGUGCCCCCGCUCCCCAAGGGCUACUUCGGGAACGGCAUCGUGCUGACAAACGCGCUGGCGACGGCCGGCGACCUGCUGGCUGCGCCGGUGUCGCGUGCCGCAGGGAUGGUGCAGGAGGCCGUACGCAUGGUUACAGAUGAGUACAUGCGGUCGGCGGUGGACUACUUUGAGGUGACACGGGCGCGCCCUUCGCUGGCUUCAACGCUGCUCAUCACGACAUGGUCGCGGCUCGCAUUCGACGGGGCGGACUUCGGCUGGGGAGAGCCGGUCAUGUCCGGGCCUGUGAUGCUGCCGGAGAAGGAGGUCAUACUGUUCCUCGCGCAUGGCAAGGAGAGGAAGAGCAUCAACGUCCUGCUCGGACUGCCCACGUCCGCCAUGGACGCCUUCAAAGACCUCCUGGACGAGAUAUGAUGAUUCCGGGUUACAGGACGCCUUCAAAGACCUCCUGGACGAGAUAUGAUGAUUCCGGGUUACAUUUGCCCGGGUUUAUUAGUAGUGUGGUUUAUGUUGAUUCUGGUGAGUGUGUGCCAUUCAAUUAUCAAUACUCUAUGCCAUAUUGGUGUUUAAUCUCAACAUUUAUUACCAGUUGUAAAGGUUCUAAUAAUACAUUGUUUAAGUAUAUAUAUAAUUAGUACUACGUUUCAAAA